AUGGUGGUGCGAAUUCUUGCACUUCACGGAUAUUCACAAAAUGCAAUUGCAUUCGAAAAACGGCUGACGGCACUUCGCAAAACUUGUGGCGCGGAGGUUGAAUUUGUCUGCCUUGCAGGCCCCCUCCUCCUGGCCUCGCAGCUACCCAAUACCAAUAUCCCCGCUUUCGACUCCUCUGACGCAAUCGAAGCGAAUGAAUCACGUGCCUGGAUUCAGUGGCGCAAGGACGAUCCCAACCAUCAUGGGUUUCCAGAAACCCUCGCUCUUCUACGAGAUACUCUGAGCGAACGACACUUCGAUGGCGUACUAGGCUUUUCGCAGGGGGCGGCGAUGGCAGCUCUGCUCUGUGCGCUGCUCGAACGACCACACAUAUACCCACCUUUUUCCAUAGACGGCAAAGCGCCACAUCCCCCCUUGAAGUUUUGUAUCGCAGUAUCCGGAUUCCGCGUGCCAGGAACCAUCGGCGAUCUAGUUUUCCCCAAGAACAUGAAAUUCGACACGCCUACGUUGCAUAUCAUUGCGCGCAAUGAUUCGAUUGUGGCAGAGAAGAGUUCAAGAGAGUUGGCAGCCUUAUGGAAGAUCAGCCGGGUGGAAAUUCACGAAGGAGGACACCGUAUUCCCACUCAACAGUCGUGGAGCGAGUUAAUGGCGAGAUCUCAGUAG